AUGGCCAGAGGGCUUUACCUUGCCUUCUCCGCCAGGAGAUGGUCCUCAUACGACGAGGAAAUUGGUGAAAGACGAAACUGGAGAAACCAGUGGCAGUCCCAGGUCUCUCAGUUGAAGAGAAGAAGCGAGAGCAGAAGUGUAGGUGGAAGUGAUAACAUGUCAUGGCCUCAUGGGCAGCUCGAAUGCGUCGCCAGAGGGUAG